AUGAUGACCAUGUCUUCCGACGAGACUGCGCUUCUGCCAGACGACGCGGCCGCUGCCGUGGCUGUAGCCGCUGCCAACUCAGCCGUGAACUCGAUUCCAUCCCUCAAAGAGGACGACCACCAGCUCCACUCGUUUGUCAACCACCACCAGACACAGAAUCACCACCAGAACCAAAAUGCGCUUCACCAGCAGCAGCAACAUUUUCUCCAACAACACCAACAACACCAGCAACACCAACAGCACCAACAACAACAUCAGCAGAACCAGCAACGGAUGCCACAGGCUCAGCAGCAGCAACAGCACCACCAGCAGCAACAUCAGCAGCACCCGGGACAUGUCCCGGGCAUCGGAACCAACCAUCAGUAUGACCUUCUCACGGGAACUGCCACUCCCGAGGCUGAUUUGUUGGAAUCUGGCUCCAGAAAGGUUGCACCUAGAUCCAGCGACUUGUUCAAGGUAGGCCCUCCAUUUUCUGAAACCAGACACCACCAGGACAUCUACUGCAAAAGCAAUGACUUGGACGUCAACCCUAUCUUAGAAGCCAGAAUCGACAGAGGUUUCGAAACAGGCGAAAACGGCACCUGGAUUGGCUACAAGAGGAACUAUUUCACUCUUGUGGCAGCAUUUCUGUUGGAGAACUUUGACUUUGACCGGUUCAUCCAGAACAAGUUCUACACGUUUGAAAAAGCCCUGCGCAAUGGACAAUCUGUAGGUGAAAACAAAGUGGAGAUCAACUAUUUUGCCAUUCGUCUUGUAGCCAAGUGUCUGGACGACGAUGUUUCUAUCAGCUUGAUUCAGCAUACUGCCAAGAGAGACAAGGGACCACAGUUCCCACCUCCCAUCUAUCCGGCUGUUCCUGGCGAAAUGCCUGAUCAUGAGACCGUUAAGGCAUCGUGCAACAAACGUAACGGUAGCAAGAUCGAGAACAUGAACAAAAUCUUCUACUUUGACAGAAGUGACUACUACCACACCGUCAAUUUGGACUCUAUGAAGGACGAUACCAUUCUCAAGAACUAUCCAAGCGAUUCAAUCUCAAGAAUUGCCCGUUUCGAGAGAAUCCAGUUUACUUCAUCAAUCAGAGUCAAGCAGACUCUGGCCAACUCCAGAUACUUCACGUUGCACGUAGAGUUGUUGGGGAUAGUCGAGGACGAGGACUUGCAGAUCCAGCCCAUAUUGUUGAGCUCUAUCGAAACUCCUCCCUUGAUUGUCAGAGGCAGAUCGCCUUCCAACUACCACAAGGAAAGAACCUCAGGCUACAGGGGCCAUCUCCAGGGCCAUUAGAAGAAUUAACAGACAUGUUGCUAGUUCUGGUGCUCAUCUUGGCCAGGACGAUAUAGGACAAUAACCAAACGGAAAGAAAGGUGAAACUUCUCAGCAACUAAAACAAAACAUCGAAACGAACGAUUCGACCAGGCUCGGUUUCAAAAUUCAAAAUUCAAAAUUGUAUUAAGGAUUCAUGUAUUUCUAGUUAUAGACACUAGGUCUAUAUAAUAAAAGACUAUGUUAUUG